AUGAGUGUUAGUAUCCCGACCCUGCCGCAGGCCGCGCUACCCAAGCGCAAGCGCUCCGGUGAUAGCACGCGCUUCCCGCCGAUGAAGCGAGCUCGAGCAGUGAGCGACCUACGGACUGUGUCAACAAACAGAAAGACCGAUGAUGCUGUACGCAGACGGAGCGUGCAAGAUCUCACGCCGCAGCCGACCACAGCUAGCAGAGACAACGUGAUCUCAGCAUCCGAACUGCCAGCAAACCCGCCCAUACAUAACACGCCAGAUCUUGAGGAUGCCAACACCAGCGCGGAGCAACCGACUGAAGCCAAUGUUGCCACUCCGAUUCUACCAACAAACCCCUCAGCCAAUGGAGGGGAAGAAUACCGUUGCGCGCAUCCCCUCCAUGUGGAGCUCCAUCACAAUCCCAUCCAAGAUCAGCCGGUCCAGCAGGAGCCGUACGAAGCCCUCGUCCACCUUGCGCAGUGCGAGAAUCCGCUUUACAGGCCAGACUUCAUACCCUUUCCGCUGUACGAUCUUGAGUCUGCUGGUCAGACGCUGACUGCCACAAAUGAAAUGGUUGAAGGCAUUGUCUCUCGCCAAUCGUCGGAUGCGGUACACGACAGGAGCUCGACGUUGCUGUACAGCGAUGAUAUUGUACUGCAGCUCGAAGCGCAGAGCCCACGCGAGCCCGAAGAAGCUGGUGACAGCCAGGUGACCUCCGAAGUAGAGGCAAGCAGCAAUACCGCCUUUCUUGGUGCGGACGAUGGGCCAAAUGACGCCGUUGAUGUGCCGCGCUCAAGUACGAUGCCGGCCGAACAGGAGCCCUCGUCGCACGCACAAGAUGAGGCGAAGACUGUCCAGGUCGAGACCGAGCUUCCUGCCACCGAGACAAUUGCGGACGAUUCACCAGAAGUCACUGAGCUCAGUAUCGCACCCGAGACAGCUACCUCCGCACCACCUCGCUUGCUUGUCAAGAUCCCAGUGUCCGCGCCAGAGCAGCCGAGGCCGCACAACGCAGCAACGCCAGAAGACCAAGACGCCGAAGAAGCUCUUUUUCUGUCCGAUGAAGAAGCCGGGACCCAUCUGGACACCAAGACCUUCUUUUCGGGACCCGUCUUCGUGGAAAAUGCACAACCUCGGAAGCUCGAGACGGUCACGAACUUCCUAAACGAAUACUAUGACGACGAGGCAAAGGUGUUCGUUCAAGAUCCAGCCUCGAAAAAGGCACCCCACGUGCGUGAAGUCACGAUGAAGCAGCUCAAGAAUCGCUUCGCUCAGACGACCAAGCAGCAGACGCCAUGGAACUGCCUAGAGUUGGCGGCACACAUCGAAGACGGCUUGCGACCAGCAUUCCUCAACAAUGAGGACUGCCGUCUACUCACCAAGGUCAAAGUACCGAGCGAAGAGGACCAGGUCAAGCGUCGUGGUCUUGCACCAGGCUGGAAGGAAGUGGAGAAGUGGGCAUUGCUCGCUCAAGCAGGAUCGUUGACCGAGCCGCAUCAGGACAGCCAUGGCUACAGCACAUACAUCACCGUCAACCAGGGUAUCAUGGGUUUCGGCUGGCUUGCGAACCCCAGCGAGGCACAGCGGAAAGAUUGGCGCACGAAUCCAUAUGCUUUCAAGGAUGGCGACUGGCGUUACAAGAUCCUUCGUCCUGGCCAAACCGUCUACUUCCCGAAUGGCACGGUGCACUUCGUCUUCCGCCUUAAUUCGGCAGGCGACACCCUCGCUUUCGGCGGCCACGUCCUCCGGUGCUCACAGAUCGUGAGCUGGGUCAAAACAUUGAUUGAGGAGAAGGCUCAUCCGGCGAUCACGAACGAAGAAUUGUCUGUCUCAGCUCCGGCGUACCUGGAGCGUGUCGCCCGGUUUGUCAAACAGGCUCGUAGGAUGGGCCAGGAGGAGAAGUGGGGCGGUGCGCUGGCGAUACGGGAGUUUUUGAGGUUGAAGGAUCAGUUCAUGGAGGUCUCUUGA